AUGGGUUGCGCAAGCUCUACCCCUGUCGAUCCACAGGACAGGAUAGCAGCUAGGCAAACAGCUACAAUCGAUAAGAUGAUCCGGAUGGACAAAAAGGUCCAAGAUCGGACAGUGAAGAUUCUCCUGCUCGGCGCCGGUGAAUCUGGCAAGUCGACCAUUAUUAAACAAAUGCGAAUUAUCCAUGCCGGCGGUUUCCCAGAAGAUGAACGACGACAAACCCGCGCCGUCAUUUACUCUAACUUGGUGGUGGCAUUCAAGGUCCUGCUGGAUAUCAUGCGGACGGAGAACAUUGACUUCGAGCACGAAGCCACAAUGCCACAAGCCCAACUAUUAGACUCAACAGAGCCGGAUGUAGAUUCGGACGAGGCUUUCAGCGACCUCGCCAUCAAGGAUGCUAUGCAGGGAAUGUGGCAGGAUAAAGGCGUACAACAAGCUGUGUCACGAGGACACGAAUUUGCACUUCAUGAUAAUCUUCAAUACUAUUUCAAAUCUCUCGAUCGCGUGUUUACCCCCGGAUGGCUACCCGACAAUCAAGAUAUGCUUCAUUCCCGACUCCGAACCACUGGUAUCACAGAAACCUUAUUCGAAUUGGGUCAAAUAAAUUUCCGAAUGAUGGACGUUGGCGGACAACGGUCAGAACGAAAAAAGUGGAUUCAUUGCUUCGAAGGAGUGCAAUGUCUCUUGUUCAUGGUUGCCAUGUCAGGUUAUGACCAAUGUCUUGUUGAAGAUCAGAAUGCGAACCAAAUGCACGAAGCUAUGAUGCUUUUCGAAUCCUUGGUAAACGGGGAGUGGUUCAAACGGAAACCAGUAAUUCUAUUCCUCAACAAAAUUGAUCUCUUCAAGGAAAAGAUUGCGAUAUCUCCAGUCUCGAAACAUUUCCCCGACUACCAAGGUCCGGAAGGCAGUUAUGAGCCAGCCAUCAAGUUCUUUGCCGAACGAUUCCGCGGCAUCACCCGCGUCCCUGAACGGGAAAUUUAUAUCCACCGCACGAACGCAACGGACACCACCCUUCUAAAAGCCACGAUGGAUUCCGUGCAAGACAUGAUUAUCCAGAAGAACCUUAACAACCUGAUUUUGUAG